AUGCAUCGCUCUGUCAGCUUGGAGGAGCGCAGCGUCCUGCUGCUCGCCGUGCUGCAGUGCUGCUCGGUGGCGCUGUGCGGCUGCGAGCCUCGCCUGGUCAACGUGGGCGCCGUCCUGAGCCAAAAGCGCUAUGAGCAGGUGUUCAAGGAGGCGGUGCUCCAGGCCAACGCCCUCUACGGCAAGGACAAGUUCAAGAUGAACGCCAUCUCUGUCACGCACAAACCCAACGCCAUCCAGAUGGCGCUGUCCGUCUGCGAGGACCUCAUCUCCAACCAGGUUUACGCCAUCCUGGUCAGUCAUCCUCCGCAGUCCAACGACCACCUGACUCCAACGCCUGUCUCCUACACGGCCGGGUUCUACCGGAUUCCUGUGGUUGGCCUGACGACGCGCAUGUCCAUCUACUCCGACAAGAGCAUCCACCUGUCGUUCCUGAGGACCGUCCCACCGUACUCCCACCAGGCCCAGGUGUGGUUCGACCUGAUGAGGGAGUUCAGGUGGAACCACAUCAUCCUGAUCGUCAGCGACGACCACGAGGGCCGAGCCGCCCAGAAGAGGCUGGAGACGCUGCUGGAGGAGCGCGAGACCAAGGCAGAGAAGGUGCUGCUCUUCAGUCAAGACACCAACCUAACGGCGCUGCUGCUGGAGGCCAAAGACCUGGAGGCCCGAGUCAUCAUCCUGUCAGCCAGUGAGGAUGAAGCAGCAGCCGUGUACAAAGCGGCCCGACAUCUCAACAUGACCGGUUCUGGUUACGUGUGGCUGGUCGGAGAGCGUGAGAUGAACGGCAAAGCUCUGAGCGAAGCUCCGGAUGGCUUGCUGGGCCUCCAGCUGAUUAACGGUAAGAACGAGUCGGCUCACAUCACGGACGCCGUCGCCGUGGUGGCCCAGUCGCUGCAGGAGCUGUUUGAGAAGGAGAACAUCACGGAGCCUCCACGGGGCUGUGUGGGAAACACCAACAUCUGGAGAACCGGGCCGCUCUUCAAACGGGUGCUGAUGUCAUCAAAGUACCCCGACGGCCUGACGGGAAGAAUCGAGUUUAACGAUGAUGGCGACCGGCGCUUCGCCACCUACAGCAUCCUGAACUACCAGCAGAAACCUGGUCGCCUGGUCCAGGUUGGAGUCUUCAACGGAACACAGGUUGUCAUGAACCCUCAGAGGAAAAUCAUUUGGCCUGGAGGAGAGACGGAGAAACCUGUCGGAUACCAGAUGUCAACCAAACUGAAGAUUGUCACGAUCCAUCAGGAGCCAUUUGUUUACGUGAAGCCGACGAAGAGCGACGGCACGUGUAAAGAAGAGUACACGGUCAACGGAGUUCUGAUCAAGAAGGUGAUCUGUACUGGACCCAAUGGGACCAUACCAGGUCAGCCCGUCGUCCCUCAGUGCUGCUACGGUUUCUGCAUUGACCUGCUCAUCAAGCUGGCCAUGAGCAUGAACUUCACCUAUGAGGUUCACCUGGUGGCUGAUGGGAAAUUUGGAACUCAAGAGCGAGUGAACAACAGCAACAAGAAGGAGUGGAACGGGAUGAUGGGGGAGCUGCUGGGGGGCCUGGCCGACAUGAUCGUGGCCCCCCUGACCAUCAACAACGAGCGCGCCCAGUACAUCGAGUUCUCCAAACCCUUCAAGUACCAGGGCCUCACCAUCCUCGUCAAGAAGGAAAUCCCUCGCAGCACUCUGGACUCGUUCAUGCAGCCGUUCCAGAGCACACUGUGGCUGUUAGUCGGCCUGUCGGUCCAUGUGGUGGCAGUGAUGCUUUACCUUUUAGACCGGUUCAGCCCCUUUGGGAGGUUUAAAGUGAACAGUGAAGAAGAAGAAGAAGACGCCCUCACCCUGUCCUCCGCCAUGUGGUUCUCGUGGGGAGUUCUGCUGAACUCUGGGAUCGGAGAAGGGGCUCCCAGGAGCUUCUCUGCCAGGAUCCUGGGGAUGGUGUGGGCAGGCUUCGCUAUGAUCAUCGUAGCAUCGUACACCGCCAACCUGGCAGCCUUCCUGGUGCUGGACCGGCCUGAGGAGCGCAUCACUGGCAUCAAUGACCCCAGGCUGCGUAACCCAUCAGAGAAGUUCAUCUACGCCACAGUGAAGCAGAGCUCGGUGGAUAUCUACUUCAGGCGGCAGGUGGAGCUGAGCACCAUGUACCGGCACAUGGAGAAACACAACUACGAGAGCGCCGCCGAGGCCAUCCAGGCUGUCCGAGACAAUAAGCUGCACGCCUUCAUCUGGGACAGCGCCGUGUUGGAGUUCGAGGCGUCGCAGAAAUGCGAUCUGGUGACGACAGGAGAGCUUUUCUUCCGCUCUGGGUUUGGGAUCGGAAUGAGGAAAGACAGUCCGUGGAAGCAGAACGUUUCUCUGGCUAUUCUCAGUUCUCAUGAGAACGGCUUCAUGGAGGAUCUGGACAAGACUUGGGUUCGAUACCAGGAGUGCGACUCCAGGAGCAACGCGCCCGCCACCCUCACCUUCGAGAACAUGGCAGGUGUGUUCAUGCUGGUGGCGGGCGGCAUCGUCGCAGGAAUCUUCCUCAUCUUCAUCGAGAUCGCGUACAAACGGCACAAAGACGCCCGCAGGAAACAGAUGCAGCUCGCAUUCGCCGCCGUCAACGUUUGGAGGAAGAACCUGCAGGCUGAUUCUCCAGAUCCUCCAGAGUCCUGCAGAUCCUCCAGAGUCCUGCAGAUCCUCCAGAGUCCUGCAGACUCUAGGAAGUCUGACGGGCCGCAGGUCUCAGCGACGCUCAGCUCGAUGCUGCAUCAGGAGUGA